AUGCAGUCUCCACGUCUGUCCGAAUCCCUCACGAGGGAGGCUCAAGCCAACAUCUGGCAAGGCCCAGCAUCACCCCCGAGUCGUGCAAGCAAGUCGGCGACACCCCUCCCUCGUGCCAUCAAGAGAAAGCCAGCUCCCAAGGUCCCAAUAGAGCUCCUGCAGGAGGAGCCGAUCACGCCCGUCCCCGCUCAGCAAACGAUCGUGCUCCAGGAAAGGUCGCUCAAUCUGCCGACUGACAAUGCCACUGCAGCGCCAAAGCCAACGAGUCCGAUGCCGGCCUCACCCGCUCGGUCGCAGCAGCACCCACAGAAGCAGUACAUUCUCGACAUUGAUGCGCCGGCGGAAAACAGGAGGGCAUCCACCUCGGCCGACGCUUCCGUCCAGGAACUUCUGCGGUCAGCCACCCUCGCUCCAAGCUCUGCUGCCGCUCGCCCUCGCAAGGGCCCUCUUCGGUGGAUGCACGACAAGGACGAGCAUGCACCGUCCACAUCGACAUCAUCGUUGCAACCCCGCCAGCCCGCGCUCAGUCGCAAGACCAGCAUCUCGGCGCAGCUCAAGCUUUCGCUCCGCAGGAACAAGGUCGAGAACCAGCCUGCCGGGCUUGUCAUUUCCGCACCCACCAACUUUGUCCACCUGAGCACGGGGACAGAGGGUGCGUACGGGAGCGCAGGUGGGUCGUCGCUCCGACGAUCGUCCACCACUUCGGCUGCAUCGCGCAACUCGUCCUUGCGUUCGUCAAUCACAUCCGUCAGCAGCGCAUCGUCCUUCGGUAGCGAAGCUGAAUUGGCCACGGCGUCCAAUCACGUGGAUCAGGACAAGGCGCUCUACUCGCCAAGCGAGAAGAAGCACCCUCUGCGACCACUCAAGUCGAUCCGAAGACCGUCCAAGCUCACGCUGCAAGAUGUCAGCCUUCCGCCCAUUCCAGCGGGCACUACGAGUCCGAAAGAUAAGCGCAAGGCGAUCUAUGCAGCGCCCGGAUCGGUCCCUGCGAUUCUCGAGCCUACCACCGACGACAUGCCGACUCCAACUGCCACUACCAAUGCAAUCGUAGCAGGGUCGCCGGGUACUUCUCCUGCCGGGGCGUACUUUGCUGCCACACUCGACCGUACAUUGGGUCGUGCACGUCUAGAGGCAGAGACCGGCAGUCCUGAACCAGAGCUCAGUCGAAGCCCAAGUUCGGCAUACGACUCGUCGGCCCCCACGAGCAAGCGCUCAAGUCUUGCGUCGUUGCAUCAGUUUAGCUCGUUUCUCGACUUUCCCGAUUUGCCCGCGCUAUCAAGGACGAACUCGGGCGAAGGUGUCAAACAUGACGAUCUUUGGUCCACUCUCAACCCUCACGACACCGUCGCUACUGUAUAA